CCCUGAUGGUGGCAGCAGCAUUAGUGACGCAGUGUCUGUGUGCUCGCGGUCGGAGCGCGCGACUCCACCCAACGGCCAGAGCUGAAGCACAAAACAACUUUGCGAGCGCAGCGCGAGUCAUGGCGUCCAAGAAGAUCUCCUGAAGAACAAACUCCGCGCAAACUCCCACCAAAAGCGUGUAACAAGCUGUCGACGACCGUCUGGAUCUAAUAUAAACAACAAAAAAGUCCACUUUACGAAGGAAUCAUGGUUACCGAGUGUCGACUUUAAAGCUAACAGAGCGCAGCUAGCUCAAGUUUGGCGUCGCGAGGAGUUUGACGAACAUUGUAAAUAUAGUGUAAAUAUAGUAGUAUAUAUAAUUUAAUAGUGAGUAGUGUGAGGAAAAGAACUCUAAGUAUCUCUCCGAGAGUUUAUUGGGUGUGUAGUUUGUCUGUGGACGGGUGGAGAUGGCUCAGUCGCCGGUAGCUGUUCAAGUUCCUGGAAUGCAGAACAGUCGAACAGACCCUGAGGAGCUGUUCACUAAACUAGAACGCAUCGGGAAGGGCUCGUUCGGUGAGGUGUUUAAAGGUAUCGACCGCCGCUCUCAGAAUGUCGUGGCCAUCAAAACCAUCGAUCUUGAGGAAGCAGAAGACGAAAUCGAAGACAUCCAACAGGAGAUCACCGUACUCAGCCAGUGUGAUAGUCCCCAUGUCACCAAAUACUAUGGCUCUUACCUAAAGGGUAGUAAACUAUGGAUCAUAAUGGAAUAUCUGGGAGGAGGUUCAGCUCUGGACCUGCUGCGAGCUGGACCCUUUGACGAAUACCAGAUAGCCACCAUGCUGAAAGAGAUUUUAAAGGGUUUGGACUACCUGCACUCUGAGAAGAAAAUCCACAGGGACAUAAAAGCCGCCAAUGUGUUGUUGUCUGAGUCUGGUGAGGUGAAGCUGGCAGACUUCGGUGUGGCAGGACAGCUGACAGACACACAGAUCAAAAGGGAGACAUUUGUGGGUACACCAUUCUGGAUGGCGCCGGAGGUCAUCCAGCAGUCUGCCUAUGACUCGAAGGCUGAUAUUUGGUCUCUCGGGAUCACUGCCAUCGAACUGGCCAAGGGCGAGCCCCCAAACUCAGACAUGCACCCCAUGAGAGUUCUCUUCCACAUCCCCAAGAACACGCCACCCACCCUCAACGGAGACUUCUCCAAGAUAUUCAAAGAGUUUGUGGACUCCUGUCUCAACAAAGACCCUACAUUUAGGCCCACAGCGAAGGAACUUCUGAAGCACAAGUUCAUUGUUAAAUAUGCCAAGAAGACGUCCUACCUCUCCGAGCUCAUUGACAGACUGAAGCGCUGGAAAGCCGAGGGCCACAGUGAUGGAGAAUCGAGUUCAGACUCUGACUCGGAGCCCAGCAGUAAGGACAUCGACUCGUCUCCUGAAUGGUCCUUCACAACCGUGCGAAAGAAGAAGCCAGAAAAGAAGCAGCCCAAUGGAAUGGACGAAGAACUGCAGAAGAAGUCAGCCAGUUUAACCACCGUCAUGGCUCCUGUUUUCUCUGAGCUGAAAUCACAGCACCGAGAUGAUGACAUGACGAGAGGUGUUCUGGAGGAGCUGGAGAAGAGCCUGCACGUGGCUGAGGACCUCUGUCCCGGUGUCACAGACAGGAUGAUCAGCCACAUCCUGGAGAGAGUGCAGAGGUUCUCUGUGAGUUAGUGGAAACACCACCAUCUGCUGUCAGCCCUGAUGACUGCACCUUAACACACUCACACCUGUACAGAGAACGGACGCGCACACACUAUCUGAUCAUAACCAAAAGGAAGUCUUCUCUUUUUGUCCCAAAGAAUGGAAAUAUAUAUUAUAUAUAAAUAUAGUGUGUGUUCAACUGUAUUUAUACAAUUUUGCCACAUGCUUUUAUAUUAGUCUUCUGCUGGUGCCCAAGGAUGUGUGUUACUGUUAUUUUAUUCAACAUUUUACUUUGAAAAGACACAAAAAUAUCCUUACUGGUUAAGUAGAGCGUUAGCAAAAUCUUUUGGUUCACAUUUAUUUAUAUGUAUUUGACGUCCCGAUCCAUUACUUUAUUAUAGAUUUUAAACUAUGAUCAAUAAUAUAUAUGUUUGGGAGUUUAACAGUGCCUUUCUGUUCGUCUUGGUUUGGGAUUUCUUUAUUAUUGUAGCAUUGCAGAACUGCUGUAUGGGAUUACAUGCAUAUCAUAUCAGUCAAAAUGAAUAGAAAUACCUCAUUUACGCAAUCAUUAAAAAACAAAAACAGCUCCUGGUUAAUGAAGAUCAAGAUUUAAACUGCUAGAAAAACAAGAGGAGUUUUGCUGUGCAAAAGCUACCUCCAUUUCUGACUCAUAACUAUAGGGAAUUUCAGUUUUUCUUUUAAUUGGCAACUUUAAUUUUAUAUAUAUAUAUAUAUAUAUAUAUAUAUAUAUAUAUAUAUAUAUAUAUAUAUAUAUUAUACAGGACUGUUAUCAACAUAUUUUGCCCUUCAUUUCUCCCUCUUUUACAGUUUUUUUUUUUUUUUUUUUUUUGAGCUAAUAUUUUUAUACAAGAGUAGAGUUAUACUGUAUUUUUUGAAGGAAAUAUGCACUUGCGCACACUUUGUAUGGGGUGGGCCUGUUUGUUUGUUAAUUUCAGAGCUCUCUUGCUCCAAAGACAUUCCUCUUACUUUGAGUCGAUCUCAAGGGAUCCUGCUUCUUUAACCGAUGGGGACGUUUCUACACGCUAACUGAUGCAUUUAAGCUACCCAAAGUGACAGCAAGUCCAUGCUAGUCAGCAGUAUAGAGUUCAUGCUCAAUGCAAAUCCUUCUUUAUGUUUUAUAUAAUCUCCUGCAAUGAGGGAUUUUUCUUUUCUUUUUUCGCCAAGCUUGUAUAGAAACACAAGGGUGCCAUUGCGGGUGCGGUGGUGAUGUCGUCGUUUGCUCCCGUUGGCUUGGAGAGACUGUGCCAACGUUGCAUCCCAUUGUGCCUAAACUUCACCUUUUUUAUGUAUAUGAUGUCAUUGUCUUCUCGAACAGCUUUAAGACGACGUUUUCACACGGUGCCAGACUGCUGGAAGAUUUUAGAGCAAUAAUAAAGGUGUUUAGUAGGAGAUUUGUAUAUUUCUUUAUAGAAGUGUAGAUGCAGAAGCUAGGUUUUGUACAUUUCUUCACCAGAGCUUUUGUAAAUUUAAAGACGCCAGACAGAAAUCUUUCUAGGCUGUAUCAUACAGAUGCUGUUCUCUUCCUUUUUUUUUUUUUUUUUUCCUUCAACUGUUACAAAUUAGUUUUUGUUUGGUGUGGCAAAUAAAGAUUUAAGUUAUGACA